AUGGCGUCGCUGCGGGUGGCGGUGGUCGGCGCGGGAGCGGCGGGACUGUGCGCAGCCCGACACCUUCUAGCCCGAGGCGACCGCUUCGCACCUCCCGUCGUCUUUGAGCUCUCCGCCGAUGUGGGUGGAACUUGGUGCUACCAGGAGAGGGUCGGACAAGAUGUGCGAAGCAGCAUGUACAAGAACCUCAGGACCAACCUUCCUAAAGAGGUGAUGAUGUUCCCGGACUUUCCGUUUGACCGACAGCUCGGCAGCUUCUUGUCGCACCAGGAAGUGCAACGCUAUCUGGAGGACUACUGUCGCCACUACAACAUCCGCCCACACAUCAGGUUCAGUCACACGGUGGAAGAAGUGAAGCCCGUCGUCCGGACGACGGACGGCGACAAAGAGCGCCGCCAGAAUACCUGGGAGGUAACGGCGCGCGACGGAAAGGGAGCGCGCAUGGUCGACGUCUUCGACGCCGUCUUUGUGUGUUCGGGGCAUUACUCGGAACCCAACGUCCCGGACGUGCCCGGCCUCGGGAGCUUUAAGGGACGGGUUCUCCACAGCCACGCAUACAGGAGCGCGGAAGCCUUCUCGUCUCUCUCGGUGGUGGUCUUGGGAGCCAAGGCGUCUGGCGUUGACAUCUCCUUGGAGUUAGCCAAAGUGGGCGCGCGGGUAACUCUGAGUCACCGCGGUCCUCCUUUGAGCUCUCGUUUUCCGCCCGAGAUCCGUCAGUCGGGUCCUCUGACGGGGGUCGAGGACGACGGCAGACUUCGCUUCCAGGACGGCUCGUCGUGCGGUGCCGACGUGCUGCUCUUCUGCACGGGGUACAAGUUCAGCUUCCCCUUCCUGGACGGAGCUCAGCUGGGCGUGGAAAUUGACGAGCAGCUGGUGGGGCCGCUUUACCGCUUCAUGAUGCCGCCCGCCUUCCCCUCGCUCUUCUUCAUCGGACUCUGCAAGAUCAUCUGCCCCUUCCUUAACUUCGAUUUCCAGGUCCGGUACGCGCUGGCGACGCUGGCGGGAACGGCGACGCUGCCGUCCCGAGACCAGAUGGCGGAGGAGGCGCAGAGCGCUCUGCAGAAGAAGGCGGACGGCGGCGUGGCGCGGCGCCAUCUGCUGGUGUUGGCCGGCGACCAAUGGGACUACCUGGCCUCACUGGCCGCCGACGCGGGUUUGGCCCCGCCGGCGCCUGUCGUGCGCGACCUGUACGACGAGGUGUGGCGGCAGAGGGCUCUUCGCCCCGACGACUACCGCCGACGCGACUACCUGCUGCUUGGCGACACCCGUUGGCGGGAACUGGACCCCCCCCACAUGACCACAUUUUGA